CCUAGUCUUCCUUCCUCCUCUCUCCCCUGCAUACUUCAAUCUUCCAUUGCAGAAAGCUUUCUCUCUCUACAACUAUUUCAUCUCUCUCUCCCUCUCUCUAGCAUUGUGCUAUCUCUGCCCGUUACUUUCUCUCUCUAAAGUUUGCAUUCUCUCUCCAACAUUCGUUUCUCGAAUUUGGUUUUUAGAACAAAAUGGGAUACGAAGACCAGUACAGACAGGCUCAGAGGCCAAAAUAUGACUGUCUUCUGUUUGAUUUAGAUGAUACUCUCUAUCCCCUUAGUACUGGUUUGGCAGCUGGAUGCUGCAAGAAUAUUGGAGAUUAUAUGGUUGAAAAGCUCGGCAUAGACAAGAACAAGAUACCCGAAUUGAGUAAUCUACUGUACAAGAAUUAUGGGACAACAAUGGCAGGGCUUAGGGCAAUCGGCUAUGACUUCGACUAUGAUGACUAUCACAGUUUUGUCCAUGGGAGACUACCCUAUGAGAAUCUAAAACCGGACCCUGUGCUGCGAAGUCUUUUGCUCAACUUGCCAAUUCGAAAAGUGGUAAGUCCCUUUGUCACAAAUCCGGAGCAUCUGAAGAUUAUAAUCGUAGAUUUGUUUUCUUAUUUUCCAUGGCCACAUCAAUUUCUUAUACAUAGAGAAUAG